GCUGUUAGACUUUAGUUUCCUCACAUUGAAGGAUUCACUGAUUUGGUGGUCAGAGAUCUAUUUAGGAUGGAUCUCACCUUUAAAAAACCUCAAAAGAAAACAGUGAUCUGCCACCAAGGCUUUCUGUACAACAUCAGGAUGCCACGCGAUGACUCUGAUGCCAAUCCAGUGGUGCUCACCAUCCCAGAGCACCAGCGGAUACUUGCCAAUGCCAGGGGUCCCAACGCUAUCGAGAGAGAAUUCCAGGCUCUGAGGAAUGUAGCUCAGAAGAAACAGGAAGAAAUCAACGCCGCACAGGUUCGGAGGAAUCAGAUCAUGCAGAAGGAUAUGUGCACCAUGAAACAGGAGGAAGAGACCAAGAAAAAGUCUGAGAAGCAGGCAUACCUGGAGUACCAGCGCCACCGAGAGAAGGCCCAACUGGCCCAGGACACGCAGAUCUUGAAGCUGGACCGCUGGAUCCUCAACAGCAAGAUCCAGGCUGAGCGGGACAAGCAGCUGAGCUGGAAGAAGCGCUGCGAGGAAGUAGAGCACUCCCGAGAGAAGGCAGAGUUCGACAGGGUUCUCACGUGCACCAAGAUCGCCCUGGCUCAGGAGGGUGAGAAGAACAAGAACCGGCAGGAGGAUGGCCGCAAGCACCUGGAGUUCAUUAAGCAGCAGGUGAGGGAGCGCGAGGAGGAGGCCCUGCUUCGACGACGUGAGAGACUCACCGACUUCAUUCGCGUUAAGGAGGACUGGAAGGAGAAAGACAAGUGGAUGACUGAGCUGAAGGAGGAUCGACUGCAGGAACUCAACACUUCAGGGGUUCCCGAGGAGUACCGCGUUUACGUGACCAAGAAGACCGUUGAGGACAGCGUUAACCUCAUGGAUUCCCAGUACCGCACAUACAAGACGUACGACAUUCUGCCCAGAUGGGUGACGGACUCGACCCGCGCCAUGAAAGAACACAUAAAGAGUCAGAAUGUGGAGAUGAACUUCUGAGGUCUGAUUGGGACCCAACCAGCUGGAUGAAGUACUGGCAGAAUGAAGGAAGUGUUCUUGGAAUUUGGCAAAUUCAGCACCAAGGUGAUCUCGGAAAUGGUUAAAUUCCGGCAACAACUGGGAACUACCCGGCGCAGAUGUAAUCUUGUAUUUAGGAAAAUCCUGCGACAAUGUAAUCUGAAUGAAGAAAAUCCAGCACCAAAAUGGAUUUAGAAUAAGGAAAAUCCACAACAAUGAUCUUGAAAUUUCAUCAAUUUGGGAUUAAGAAACUGGUACCAUUAUGGUCUUGGAAUUUGAAUAUUUGGCACCAAUUUAGAUUUUGGAAAUAGGAAAAUCCUGGACCGAGACAAACUUGGAAUUGUAAAAAUCUGGCACCCAUUCGAGUUUGAAAUUGGAACUGGAAUCCAAGACCACAUGAGACUUUUGUAACUGUGACUUUAACGAUUGCUGAUGUAAUACCUUUCAAAAUGA